CUUCAAUAUGCCGGUUGGAAUCUUCAACUCAACAUACUACGGUAAAGACUACCGUGCAGGAGCUGCUCUCCUUCGUGCUCGCCGUCCUUAUCUCUUCAAGAAUGCCGCGACCGGUCUAGCCCUGUGCGCAUUCACCAUCGGCGUCUAUGCUUAUACUAUCCGCGCUGUCGGCCAGGACGAGUUCUCAGAUGUCAAGGUUCCCGAUGCCCCCGCCACGUCGCCGAAACAGCAAUAGAAACCCAUCGCCGCAUAUGACGCUCGUCUUCCUCAGUAUACGUUCGUCCCUUCAGGUCAACGUUUAGAUAUAUAUAUUUUCUUUUUUCCAGCUACGGUGUAAUAGGGGUUUCUGGAGUAUAUCGUGGGAGAUCUUGUCUUGCUUGAACAGACCAUGCCUUGCGGAGAGCCACCGUAUCUAGCUCUGGAAUUAUCACGAAUCGCAGAUGUAACGCAGCUGGGAAACUCGAGGGUUGAUACGGUCUCAUAUUGGGACAAGGGGAGAAAGAUGUGAUCGUUGUUGUGUCCUACUCUGCUCUACCCCAUCCGAGGAGGAUCUGUGAGUAGCCCUCAACGGUGAGAAGAAGUAUCUCCAUUCAUUUUGUUGACUUAGGUCUGGUACAUUAGUCUGCAUGUAUAUUAUUCAGAG